GUCGCCGCUUCGCUCUCAGCUCACGAACAAGUGUGUUGCGGUUAUCACUAUAACCUGUCCAGCGUUAGCAGCUUUCGGCUUUUCCCCCCACAUUGCGCUUUGUAUUAAUUAUUAUUAUCCAAAUAAACAAGAUGGAUAUGGAUCACAAUCACGACCAUGAAACUGACGAUUCCACUAGCGCAGCCAAGUCCUGCCCCAUGAUCAUGGUGUUCCAUGCCGGACACUGCGAACGCAUUUUAUGGCGUGGCUGGGUGGCUGCGACGGUGACAGAGUUCGUGCUCUCCGCCAUAGCCAUCUUUGUUGUUUCCUUUCUGUACGAGGCGCUGAAGUUCCUCCGCCAGCAUCUGGCGCGCCGCGUGGCCCGCAAGGAGGCGGAACGCCUGGCCGACGAGCAGCGUCGGAAGAGCGACAAUCCGAGCGGUUCGGACACACCCUUGGCCGAGCCCAGGGAGUUGAGCUACGGGCAACGCUUGCUGGACUCCUCGCACAUUAUCCAGUCGCUGCUGAAUCUGCUGCAGAUCGUUAUAUCCUACCUGCUCAUGCUGAUCUUCAUGACAUUCAACUACUGGCUCUGCCUCGCUGUCGUGCUGGGCCUGGGCAUUGGCUACUUCUUCUUUGGCUGGAACAAGAAGACACCCGACGAGAGCGAGUGCUGUCCCUAGGCGGUGGGCAACGGUGUGGCCGUGAAGGAUGACAGGAUUGGAUCAUCAUAUCCGUGUUCUUUGAUGUUAUUAGGAUUAGAUGUACAUAUGCAGCAGUUAGCCCCGUCCCGUCCCCAAGGCAUUACCGCAAAGUAAUUACAGAAAUUGUCUAAAAAUACAAUUUUAUUCGAUAGU